AUGGACAUAUCAGUAGAAGCUGUGAUAAAACGGCCAUAUGUAGAAGGAAAUCAUCAAACUAUUCUCCACGUGAACAAGGAAGAGGACAAAAACAUAAUUAGUGCGUGCACAGAUUUAGAUGACAGUGUUGGUGUGUAUAAGGAGGCCGGCGCAGGCGAAUGUACUUUAGCUAUCAUCCCAGUUAAAGUAGCCAUGAAAGAUAGUCUGAAAAUUGUUGAAACUUACGCUUCCUUAGACCCAGGUAGUACAGUGUCGUUUUGCUCAGAGUCCUUGAUUAUGAAGUUAGGAUGUAGUGGAAAAAAGAUGGAGAUCACAAUUGAUACCAUGGGAAAGUCCCAUACCAUGUACUCCUAUGCCAUCAAAGGACUUCAAGUAUUUGAUUUAGAUGAAGAAAAUCCUUUCCCGCUACCUGUCGUGUACUCAAAAGAUAGCUUACCAGUAACGAAGAACCACAUACCUUCCUCGUCUGACGUGUCGCAUUUCUCUCACCUGCAAGGCAUUAACAUACCUGAUAUAGAUUCAGAGGUAGGCUUGCUCAUUGGAGGAAAUGUUCCAGAUCCAUAUUCUCCAUUUGAAAUUAGAACAGGUCCACAAGGUAGCCCUCACGCAACCAGAACUCGUCUAGGCUGGAUAUUCUGGAACGUAAUACGCUCAACCCCACAAGAAACCAGAAAUCGAUUUCAAACUAUGAGAACAGAGAUCCUUGUAGCCAAGGAAGCCGAAGAACUAAAAGAACUUGAUAACAUUGUAAGAAAAAGUAUAAAUUUUGACUUUCCAGAGAAAACCACUGACGAUAAGAAAGAAAUGUCUCAAGAGGAUAAGAAAUUCUUUGAGAUGGUAACAGAAUCUAUAAAUCUGCAAAAUGGGCAAUACUACAUUAAGCUGCCAUUUAGAAACGAAGAUGUUAGGAUGCCAGGCAACAGCAAACAAGCUCUACAGCGUUUGAAUAGUCUGAAGAAAAGAUUUUUCCAUGAUCCCAAGUUUCGUGAUGACUACAAGAAAUUUAUGAGUGACAUUACUAAGAAAGGAUAUGCCGAGAAAGUACCUGCGGAGAAAAUUAAAGGUCAAGAUGGAAAAUUGUGGUAUGUACCUCACCACGGUGUAUACUAUCCCAGAAAGCCUGGGGAAAUACAUGUGGUUUUCGACUGUGCAGCUAGCUACCAAGGUGUGUCGUUAAACAACAUGCUUCUACGAGGUCCUGACCUUACAAGUAACUUGAUAGGAAUUCUAUUGAGAUUUCGCCAAGAACCGGUAGCCGUCACGGGAGAUAUAGAAACAAUGUUUUACCAUGUAAGAGUACCCGGCGCGGAUGACCUAAACUCAUCAGAUCAGAUAAUGGUACCAACCUAG